AUGGCGUUGGAUCUCCUCACGGAACCUGAGAGAAAGCUGAUCGAAAGUGAGGUGAAGAAAAUCCUUGAAAAUGAGGGCAAUGCCAACAUCACCAUGACCGCUCUGAUGAAACUCGCGUCCAAGAAGACCAAGAUUGAUUGCGAGAAUGGACCCGGCUAUGUUGUGGUGCACAAGGUUGUGAUGAAACACCAGAGUCAGGCAUCAAAGCCCUGUACAGAUCGGCAAAAGGUCUUGGUCAAUUGCAUCUUGCUGUCCGGAGGUGCUGGGAGAGGUGGCAUAUUUUGCCCGGGGGAGCUUGUAACGAAGGCCCGUACUGAAUACGACUAUGUGGUCAAAGAUGGAAAAACAACUGGAAAUUGCUGUGUGCAAUCUUUCAUCGACAGCGCCAUUCAGCAAAACAUCCGGCCGACCUGGAAACGGAUGAAUGAAAACAAACGCUGCCAAGAAGCCAGAAAGCUGGCGUGCGAUUGGGCCCUACAAAACAGAACACUGACAUUCUGGGGCGGUGCCAGCUUCCAAGAAGUUGCAGAGCUAGUGUCCCAUCAGAACUUUGAUCGGUGGAUUGGCCGUUUGAGGUUGACAGAUGCAUGGGGCGAUGUGGCAUUCUUGCAGGCUUUGGUCUGCAGUGUGGGCACCGAUGUGCUGCUCAUCGACAAUGGGUCAGAGCCUGCCAAGCUCCUCGGUCUUUCCUUGAUGACCGGUGACCAUGACAGCAAAUGUUUGGUCCCCGUAGCCAUGCACAAGCACAACCACUUUUGGGCUUUAGUCCCGUUGGAGUCUUGUCACAUGGAGCAAGUGGCCCUCAGUGUGACACCUGGACAUCAAACACUGGACUUGGACGAGGACUAUGACACCGUGGAGCCAAAAGAGUUGGUGCUUGGUGGGCGAGAGCAGGAACUGCAAUUGUGCGAAUCCCUCCUGAACUGGUGUCCUUUUGAACUGCCAACUCAACAUCUCAUUGAGUGUCUUCAGAACUCGGCGGGAGCCAGAGAUGACAACGUGCCUAUUGGUGUCUUGGCCAGGAAAAGGACCUUGCGGGAGUAUGCUCUACUGGGCGUGAAGCCCAUGCAUGUUUGGAUGUCUUCCAGCACCAGCCUGCAAUUGAAUUGGCGCAUGCUUUGGUGCAGCCUGCCCCGCGACAAGCGGUUGCAGGUGUUGCUGGACAUGAUGAAGGAGAGCAAUGGAGAGUUCAAGUUUGCUGGGAUCAGGGUUUGCAGCCGAGCAUUUCAGAAACUGACAAGGGUUUCUGCUGGCACUUUACAGAACGUGCGGAACAAGAUCAACCAGGGUGUGAUGAACAUCUGGCGAAGGGAUAGCAUGACCUGGCUUUCUAUCAGGAACACCCCAAAAGCCCUUCGAUACUUGGACUGCAGAAGCUGGCUGGAAACCUAUGCCGAAACCCACGGUGAGCGAUCACCCAUGAGUCUUCAAAUUUUUCUUCCUGCUGGCAGAAAAUUCUUUUACCACUCGCAGUACGAGUUUGAGAGGUCUGGCCAAGAUUUGGGGCACUUGGAGGGCAAGCCUGCAGAUCUAUCGACAUUCCGCAAGGCAUGGACCAAUGAACUGCCAUGGGUUCGCAUCGCCAAAUCCGAAUCAAUGUUCACAGCGUGCUCUGCUUGCACCUUCCUCAAGAACUUGUUGGACCAGACCCCGAGAAGCGACACUGAGAUUGUGAUGGCCAUUCGGAAGCGCCUAGAUACCAAAGAUUCAGUGAUUGUCAAUGACACUGCGCAGGAAAGCAUUACGCAUUCCAGGCAGCGCAGAGACUGUCCAUCGCGCGGUAUCAAGAAAUGUGCAGAAGAAGCGGUGAGGUAUUUGUCCAUUGACAAAUGUGACCAGAACAAGACCAUUCUGCCCAGUGUCCACGACAUGCUGGCCACCCAGUUGUUCAAACAGGGGGAGCGCUUUGUUGUUGGCGUGGUGGGUGUGCAUUAUGCGGGCCCAAAGCGCCGCUCCUACUACACCCUCAGCGAGAUGAAGGACGUUUCCAAGCAGUCCUUAAAAGCAUUCAGUAUGAACUGGAGUCACCACGGAUCCUGCUAUGAUUUUACGGUUCUCAGGCAAAUCUACGGCAUCGAGUUUCAUCGGUACCGAAACAUUCACGCCCUCAGCCUCUAUGUCGACAACAUGGGCAUGUGGGUGAAGUGGAAGCAGUAUGUAUCAGAUGAAAGUUGGUCCACACCCCGCUUGUUGGUUGACCACGACCGCAUCGCUAUGUUUGCAUUGGCAAAGCCCCCGCUGGUGGAACACAAAUUUGGGGAGGCGGCUGCAGCGAAACAUUUGAACUUCUUGGACAAGCUUGAAAGCGCUUUGGCUGCAUCGGGCCAACGCCCACGCCAACAGCUUUCUGAGCUUCGAGCCUAUUUGGAAGGCAUGGAUCCUGGGCCAUCUUUGGACACCAUGAUUUCUGACAUGAGGAGCGCCCACUUGGGGCCAACCCAGCUUGUGAUCCGUGAGCCCCAACCCAUUGAUGUUCCAGAGGAUGUCUAUUAUCAAAUUUCAAUGGGUGCAGAUAUUGGGCACCUACCUCAAGACAGUCUUGUCACUGUCACCGGCGCGCCGGAGUCCCGGGUACCCGCUCAAAAGGCCUAUGUCAGUCCUGGAGAUUUUGUUGUGGUGGCGGGAAAGGAUGACAAGAUUUUGCCCAUCGUUCUUGGGGUGCUUGUGGAGCUCAUUCAGCACAAUGGCGAUGACCAUGGACUGCCUCUUGGCUCCCGUGAUCUACAAUUUUUUCAUGUUGUUACCCUUUGGUGUUUCACCUUAAACAUAUCCUGA